AUGGCAGAGAAGGAGGGAGGAAUCGUGAAGAAGGGCCAUGACGAGGGAAUGAAAAUGGCGACUGCUCUUCUCGAAGAGUUUGGGCUCCCAAAGGGACUUCUCCCUCUUGCAGAUGUGAUUGAAGUUGGUUUCGUAAGGAACACGGGCUUCAUGUGGAUUGUGCAAAAGAACAAGGUUGAACACAACUUCAAGCUGAUCAGCAAGCUGGUCAGCUAUGCCACCGAAAUCACUGGUUUCGUUGACAAGAAGCGGAUUAAGAAGCUCAAGGGAGUGAAGGCUAAGGAACUCAUGUUGUGGCCACCAGUAAAUGAGAUUGUAGCGGAUGACCCACCCACGGGAAAAAUUCACUUCAAGAGCCUUGCUGGUGUAACAAAGACCUUCCCCGCUGAGGCAUUUGAUGCUGGGCAGUAA